AUGAUCCGAAGUCACGACGGGCUGGAUAGCGCAGUUUCAAGCGAUGCGCCCGACGUGUGGCGACUCCCCAACGUGCCAUUGAUCGACCGGCGGCUCGGGUAUCCAGCUGUUUACGUGACUAAUAACCGUUGGGCGCCAGAGAUUCCAGAGAUGCCGACAAACACGAGCGAAUGGGCUGGCUCGAAGAGUGCCGUUUCACCGGCAGCCCCUGUAGAGUUCCGACUGGGGAAUGCGGUGCCCGUGCUCCACCGCGAACACAAAGGACAGAUCGCGCGUGUCAUGUCCAUCGACGAAUACGCCGCAUACGAGGCAACACAUACUGCAAAUGUCGCGGAAAUAAUCAACUCUUCACAGCUAAAAAAAAAAAAAAAAAAAACUGUGAAGCCAGCAGUCGCUUGGCUUAGUCACACACAACGACGCGACUCUUCGAGAGUCGCUUCCACUGACGCACCCGGCACUGUAUUGAAAAAAAUUCGGCUGGGACAAUGGCUCUCCUUCGUGUGCCUCCAUCCUGCACAAGCCCCGAAAAGGCAGGAUGUACGCGGCCUAGCAGAAGGUCGGACAAUUACAGAAACAUGCUUCGCGGGGAAUCGAGGGCGGUUUCCCCGGAACUUGAACAGCACAUCUAUGUUUGGACAAGCAUAUGAGAAGCAGCUUCAUGCGAGAAGAUCCGACAGGGAUUACUGCGUAGAUAAACGCAAAACUUCCGCAUUAGCCUGGGCGCGUGCUAGGCCUUCCCUAGAAACAUUGGUCGAAAGCCUCUCGGACAAUAAAUUCGUGCUUGAACCGUAUUGCCCCCCGGUCAAUAACCUCGCUGGCAGUUUGUCUGUGCGGCACCGUGCCCGAGUCUACGAGAGUGGCCUCCUUCUUAAGCGACGCGAGUUGAGCCCAAUACGAAGCAAAAAUGCCUAG